AUGGGCAUCGAAAAGGGGAAAGAGGAGAGAGUUUUUGCUGAGAGUGAGUGGCCAAGACGUUUGGGUGGUGGUGGUUGCAUGCCGCGAUGCGAUUUCCGCUUCUGGGCCGGAGUGCUCAUCGGGAUUCUACUCACUUUGCUUUACACAGAACACCGUAUUGCCAAUUAUGUUCGAGUCUUUGAUCAGCUAAAGCAUGAGAAAGAGGAGAAAGGAGCAAACAAUAAGCCUGAUUUGGAACAGCGCCCCAACUUUCCCGAUGCGCAACAUUUGGAAGAUGAUAUGGACGAUGAGCAUCAAAUCGAUUUUUCCGGUCAAAAAUCGAAAAAUGAGGAACCACAUCUACAUGAAGACCACGGACUUUUGCAUUCGCAUGAGCAAAACAAUGUGACCGAUGUCUUGUUUGAUCGAGUUCAAGUUCUCUGUUGGAUCAUGACGCAUCCCACCACGAAAAAUAUCAAAAAGGUGACGGCGGUGAAUGAAACAUGGACAAAACGCUGCAACAAAGUCAUCUACUUCAAUACUUACAAUAAUCUAAGUGUCGAAACCGUGGAGCUAAAUUUCACCGAGGGGCGCAACUAUUUGUGGGAUAAAACGAAACGGGUGCUUGUCUAUUUGCACAAGACGUAUGGCACAAAAUACAACUGGUUUUUCAAAGCAGACGAUGACACUUUUGUUGUGAUGGAGAAUUUGAGAUAUUUAUUGAGUGGACACGAUCCAAAUGAGCCACACUAUAUUGGAUGCGGUUUCAAAUUGCACAAAUACUUCUACAACAGUGGCGGCGCUGGCUACGUGCUCUCAAGAAAAGCAUUGGAAUUGUUUGUGACGGAAGCGCUUCCGAAGAAAGAAUGUCCACAAGGGGCGGGUGGACCCGAAGACUUUCAUUUGGGGAAAUGUUUGAAUUCGAUUGGAGUCAACGUCACCGACACGAGGGAUUUGACAGGGAAACUUCGCUUUUUGCCCCUCUCUGCUGUGUCACAUUUCAUCGAUCAUUUGCCGAGUUGGCUCGAGAAGUAUUUGCCCUACGAGUAUCAUCAUAAAGCUGCUUGCUGUUCAAAUUUGGUUGUUACAUUCCACUACAUCACCCCAGAUAUGAUGUACUUGCUUGAGUUCUUCACAUAUCACUUGUCGAUCUUUGGUCGACCUGCUCCAUACACGGUACAAAACAUAGGCACUACAGAUGAGAUUUUUGAGAGAAUUCGUCAAUCGAGCAUCGAUUUCACAAAUAAGGAC